AUGAAACUCCUUUAUCUAUAAAUUUUUGACAAAACCAAUAAUGAAAAAGGAAAAAAAGAAGUUUUAGUUAGAGGUUUUACUAAUAAUUACAAAAGUUUCACAUUUGUACUAAGUUUUGUCAUUAGUAUUACAAUUUUACCUCCAAUUAUUGAUUAUUGGUAAAUGACUGUAGUAUAAAAAAGUUAUAAAUAUAUUUUCAGAAUAUUGCUUAACUAUUAAUAAUUCUAAUUCUUGGGUAACUGA